AUGUUCAAGUUUGAUCAGGUAGCCCUGCCGCAGCUACUGUUGCGAAAGGCUCUGAUCAUUGUUGAUUUCCAACAAGAUUUCGUCGGUGCAAACGCAGCAAUACCCAUAACCCUACCUGCAGGGUAUGCCGACAAGACAGCACGUCUGGCAAAGGCAUUUCGUCGAACUGGCGAUGUCGUCUGGGUAAAUUCCAGAUUUGAGGAGGUAAGGACUCCAUAUGAUGACCACAUGCAGGACCCGACUCUGGGGCACUCAGACCCGGAAGGCCCGUCAACCAAUCUCGACGCCUUUUUAAGCUCCGAGAAGGCAAAAUGCAUACUUUCUUCAAAAAUUGGAGCUGAAGUACCGCAAUAUGUCAAAGAUGAUGCCGAGAAGAACGAUGUUUUCUUAUUGAAGUCUCACUAUUCUGCCUUUGAGGGCACGGGCUUGCUCCGCCUUCUCCGGGCAAGAAUGACUAUGGAGGUUUACAUUUGCGGAUCUCUGAUCAAUGCAGGCGUGUACGCUACCACUGUGGAUGCAGCCGGGCACGGGUUGAAUAUCACGCUUGUCAAUGAUUGUUGUGGUUACUCCAGCGAGGCAAAACAGAUCAAGGCCAUGAAGACACUACAAAUCUUAACCGGCUGCGGCCUCUUGACAUCGACUGAGGUCAUGCAGGAUGGCAAUCAAAGCUUGAUCGAACUAGGUGUUGACAUCCCCGCUACAACGCAAGUUCAUGCAAGCAAUGACGACGGUAUUGUGCAGCCCAUGAGCACCCUGACGCUAAAUGCCACUACGCCACGCGCGGCUGAAGCUCGCGCCAUGCAAGAUGAACUGGGAGAAGCAGUGGAUAAUGAUAAAUACGAGGUAGACAGCACACCUGCAGGUUUUCCGCCUGAAGUCAUCUCAAGCAAUAAGACUCUCAGUCAACCAGCAGCCAUGGACACCACCAAGCAAUCAGAGUCCGGCGAGGCUAGCACCCAAAAGGAGGAUCAAAAGUCCCGCGGUCUUUGUGAAGGAGAUACCGAUGUGAUUGAAGAUCUUCUGCCGCCAGAACUGGAAAAUGGCAUUUUCCAGAGGCUGAGCAAAGAGAUACAAUGGCAGCGGAUGUCCCACCAAGGUGGUGAGGUGCCUCGCCUGGUCGCUGUGCAGGGUGAGGUUGGCAGAGAUGGGAAUAUUCCAAUUUACCGUCACCCAUCUGAUGAGUCGCCACCGCUACUCCCAUUUUCUCCAGCAGUUUUGGCGAUUAAAGCGGUCACAGAGAAGCAACUAGGCCAUCCAUUGAACCACGUUCUCAUACAAUUUUAUCGAGAUGGAAAGGACUACAUAUCUGAGCAUAGCGACAAAACUCUGGAUAUCGUGCGUGGUUCGUAUAUCGCAAACGUGAGCCUUGGCGCCCAAAGGACAAUGGUGCUUCGAACGAAGAGAGCGGAUAAGGACCCCUCUAGUGACGAGCAGCCUUCGUCUAGCGCCGGUCGAAGGGUGCAGAGAGCACCACUGCCACAUAAUUCUCUUUGUCGCAUGGGGUUGAAGACGAACAUGAAAUGGCUUCACUCCAUUCGUCAAGAUAAGAGGGCCGACCGAGAGAAGUCUCCAGUGGAGCUGGCUUACGAAGGGAGCCGCAUUUCAUUGACGUUCAGACAGAUCGGGACGUUCCUAGACAAAGACGAAACAAAAAUCUGGGGUCAAGGAGCCACAGCAAAAACGUUCGAUGAUGCCAAAAUUAUCAUCAAUGGCCAAACGGAGGAAAGCAUUAAGAUGCUUCGCGCCUUUGGCACGGAGAAUCAUAACUCGAAUUUCGACUGGGACGCUUACUACGGCGAAGGCUUCGAUGUUUUGCAUUUGCGCAGUGCCCCGAGACUCUUCUCAUCCACAGAUCCCGUUAUAAAUAUGCGGAUCAGUAUCAUGCUCGCGGAGUACGAAAUCGGGUAUGCUAGCGGUAGCAUUACCCAGUCCAAGAAAUGUACCAUGCAAUCUCUCGGCGACAUGCAAACAUUAUCAGAUGAUAUUCUUAUCAAAUAUGUCGACAAUGACGACGACAAGACGGAAGUGAGCGGUGAUCUCGCCAUUAUGCUGUACCUGCACGCCAGGCAUCAGAAGAAGAAGAGCGUUUUGACGCCAGGACAGCUGGCCAAACAGUUCACUCUAUUUCAAAAAGCUCUCUCUUUGCACGGGAGAUGGCACGAGAUGCUCAGACUUUAUGACAGCGGCGAAUCGUUGACUGCCGCUCUGAAAGUCGAAUUGCUGUCAUGGGAAUCUUGUACAUCAGGUACAGACUAUAUUGGCGGCGAUCGACCAGGCAUCGCAGAUUUUGCGCUAUGGCCUGUCUUGCAUUCAAUGGUUGAGAGACCUGAGACUGACGCGCUGAGCGAAUUGAAAGUUCUUCGCAACUAUUACGACUUAAUGAAGUCGAGGCGUAGCAUCGUCAAGAUUUUGAAUAGGCUGCAGCAAACUCGGUGA